UGGGGCCGAGCCGCGGAGACCAUGCGGCUGGGCAGCAAAGCGCCCGCCCCCUGCCAGCCGCCGGCGGCGGAGGAGGAGCUGCUGCGGGAGAUCGAGGAGCUGCGCUCGGAAAAUGACUAUCUCAAGGAUGAAUUGGAUGAACUUCGGGCUGAAAUGGAGGAGAUGCGUGACAGUUAUUUAGAGGAAGAUGUUUAUCAGCUGCAGGAACUCCGGAAAGAGCUGGACCGUGCAAACAAGAACUGCCGCAUUCUGCAGUAUCGUCUCAGGAAAGCAGAACAGAAAAGUUUGAAAGUUGCGCAGACAGGCCAAGUGGAUGGAGAGCUCAUUAGAAGUUUGGAGCAAGAUUUAAAGGUAGCCAAAGAUGUAUCUGUCAGACUGCACCAUGAACUGGAGAGUGUGGAGGAGAAACGUGUUAAAGCAGAAGAUGAGAAUGAAAUCCUUCGGCAGCAGAUCAUUGAGGUGGAAAUAUCCAAACAGGCGCUGCAGAAUGAGCUGGACAGGUUGAAAGAGAGCUCACUGAAGAGAAGAGGAAGCCGGGAAAUGCACAAAGAAAAGAAGACAUUCACCCAGGAGGACAGCGCUGACUUGAAGUGCCAGCUUCAGUUUGCCAAAGAAGAAGCAGUGCUGAUGCGUAAGAAAAUGGCCAAGCUGGGGAAGGAGAAAGAUGAACUGGAACAGGAGCUCCAGAAGUACAAGUCCAUCUAUGGAGAUGUGGAUAGUCCACUCCCUAUCGGGGAGGCAGGAGGGCCACCCAGCACCAGAGAGGCUGAGCUGAAACUUCGUCUGAAACUGGUGGAAGAGGAAGCUAACAUACUGGGCAGGAAGAUAGUUGAACUGGAGGUGGAGAACAGAGGUAUUAAAGCUGAGAUGGAGGACAUGAGAUGCCAGUAUGAGAGAGAAUGUCUUAGCCGGGACCACAUUUCAAGCAUUCCUACCUCGCCAUACGGUGACUCCAUGGAGUCAGCAACAGAGCUGCGCCGUCACUUACAGUUUGUUGAAGAAGAGGCGGAGCUGUUGAGGAGAUCGAUCUCUGAGAUUGAGGAUCACAACAAACAACUAACCAAUGAACUGAACAAAUUCAAGUUUGAGCCCAGUCAGGAGUCCAGCUGGCUGGAUGAUGGUGCCUCUAAAUACAGUGGAUCCCUACAAGAGGAGCUGAAAUCAGCGAGGAUGCAAAUCAACGAACUGAGUGGAAAAGUGAUGAAACUCCAGUAUGAGAAUCGUGUGUUGAUGUCCAAUGUGCAGCGCUAUGAUCUUGUCUCUCACCUAGGGCUGCGCACUUCAAGUCCCAGGGACAGUGAUGCUGAGAGUGAUGCAGGAAAGAAAGAGAGUGACAGUGAAGAGGGCCGCCCAACUCAACCAAAGAGAGAAGGACCCAUUGGGGGCGAGAGUGACUCAGAAGAAGUUUAUGAGAAGACGUCGGGUUUUGAGAGCGUUAAGCCAUCAGAAGUUAGCGACCUCUGUUCUACUGAGUUAAUGAGAAUGAAAGAGGACACCGAGUCUUUAAUUAACAUCAAACGAGAGGCUGAACGGCUCGAAAGGACAGUGCUCCGUCUCAUCACUGACACUGAUAGUUUAAUUUAUGAUGCCAAGGUGCACAUCACCAGCAGUCCCUCCUCUGAGCAGGGUUUCAAAAGUGAUGGAGAGAGAGGUGAGGAUAAAAAUGAACCAGAACUUCUGGACACUAUCAAUUCAAGGAUGAAAGCUUUCCGUAAAGAACUACAGACCUUCCUGGAGAAGGUUGAUCACAUCGGGGAAGGCCUCAAAGAACAAAUGGAAGACCUUUCCCCUUUGCCCCACCUGACAGAGUCUUCCAGUUUUCUGUCCACAAUGACAUCCAUGUCUCGAGACUCACCCAUUGGUAACCUAGGAAAGGAGUUAAUUACAGACUUCCAGUCCAAACUGAGGGAUCAGAUGGAGUGGCAGCUCAGCCAAGAUCGUGGAGAGGAGCAAGAGAUUCACCACCACCGAGCCACCACCGAGCCACACCGCAGAGCUGAUGGAGACAUUAAUCUCUACAGGCCAGGCGACAAGGGCUGUUUCAGUCUAGAGCUCAGGGAUUCCAAUGUUUUACCUGUACAGAAUAUAUCGAUACAGGAGCUUCAGGCUCAACUUGAGCAGGAGACGAGACUUCACCAAGAGGAGAAAGAAAAGUUUACAGAGAGGAUCAUUCAGCUGGAGGAGGAGCAUCUGCAGACCUUGCGAAGGAAAGAUUUGGAGGUGCAGAGCUUGACUUUGCAGAAUAAACUGGAGGAGAAGACAUGGGGUCAGGAGAAAAGUUUGAUGCAGCAAGAACUUAGGCAUUUCAAGCAGAAUACCUUCCUCCUGUAUGUGAAACUGAAGUGGCUGCUGAAACACUGGCAGCAAGGCAAGCAAAUAGAAGAGGAAGGGGAGGACAUACUGGAGAUUGAACACCUCGAUGCCCUACCAGAAUUUGGCAUUCAGUCUGAACGAAAGGGAGAUGACCCAGAACGAGAUGAGGAGGAUGACCUUGUGUUUGCACUGAUGGAUUAUUCCCAACAUUCCACAUCAGAGAGCACUGACCAUGGACCACAGCUGCAGACUGCAGAACUAUUGCAGCAUCAAAAGCAGGCAAGUGAAAACCGGCGGCUCUUAAAUGCUCUGAAAACCUUGUUGGACGACUUCCGUUCUGAGCUCCGGGAUGAUGAACAAGAGCGACAUGGGCUUCAGCAACAGUAUGCCACAGACAAGGCAGCUUGGGAGGUGGAAUGGACUGAGCUGAAGUGUCGUCUGGAGCAGCUGGAAGGGAAGAAUGAAAAAGCCCAGGGGGAAACUGUCCUGACCACUGAUUCAAAGGGAGCUUUUAAGAGGGAGAGAGAGGAGCACAAGAAAUUGCUGGCUGACAGUCACAGCUUGGUGAUGGACCUACGAUGGCAACUCCAGCACAGUGAGAGGAAUUGGAACAGGGAAAAGAUGGAGCUUCAGGAUAGAUUGGACAGAGACCGGCGAGAGUGGGAGCGACAAAAGAAGGAAUUGCUGAGGAGGAUAGAACAGCUUCAAAAAGAAGUAAGCACACGAAAAGGAGAGAGCAUUCUUUGUGACCAGAAGGAGAGUAGCCUUCGUCCAUUUUCAACCCAGGGAAACCUUCAUGUGCCUCAUCCAAUGGGGGCAAGGUCCUAUUCUGAUUCAGAUGCCAUACAGUUUGACGAUCAGUCGCUGUCGAAGCUGAAGGAAAGUGAUAGGUGCACUGCCACAGAAAACCUCUUUCUCGAUUCAUUAUCUCUUGAUUCUCCUGAUGAAUCUGAUGAGCCUCGGCCUCAGAGAUUGGAGCGGGAGAAGUUCUUGCCUUGCUUAACUGAAGAAGAAGAAACGCAAAAGGGAAAUCUUAAAAGGGCAGUGUCUGUUUCCUCAAUGUCAGAAUUCCAGCGUUUGAUGGAUAUUUCUCCAUUCCUUCCUGAAAAGACCUUGCCUUCAUCUAGUAGUAAGGAGGAUAUAACUCCUCCUCUGUCCCCUGAUGAUCUGAAAUACAUUGAAGAGUUCAACAAAAACUGGGAUUAUAGUAACACCAGGAUCCAUAGUGGGGUUACAGAAAAGCCUGCAGAAGCCUGGGCAGAAAGGACAGAAAAUGGGAAAGUAAGAAGUGAUUCAACUUCAGAUCCAUUCCAAGCAUCAUCAUGGUACCUUACCACCAGUGUUACUAUGACAACCAAUACCAUGACAAGCCUAGAGCCCUGCCAGAAGCAGCCACUGAGGAGUCACGUUGUAACAGAAAAAAUGGGGGUUAAGGUCUUUCACAGUCCGCCAGUUAUCCGUAGGCUUGAUAACUCAGCGAUAGCUGGUAAUGGAGGGAAAAAACAGGUUGAGCCAGACUUUUUGUUUUCUGUGACCAAAGCUAAAGGGAGUGUGGGUGAGACAAAAGGUGCUUCCUCAGAUGUGUUUGGGAGAUGGUCUUGUGAUCUCACCAAACACCAUAAAGAUUUUUUGGAAAGUCGUCUUCAUCCUAUUGAGCAUCCUAUUUGCACGGCUGUGGGUUUUGCCUCAUCCUUGCAGAGCCUCGAGCUGUCCAAGAACAUGAGUGACGAUAUGAAGGAGGUAGCUUACUCUGUCAGAAAUGCAAUACGUUCUAAUUCAGCAGAGCCUCAGUUUAAGGACAUGGCAUGUCAAACCAAUGGUAUAAGAACUACAGGGACACAGACCACCCAGACGAUCAGUGUUGGCUUGCAGACAGAAACCUUGCGCAGCAUCACCAGCAGUCCACACAAGUGUCUGACACCAAAGGGGGGCUCCACACCAAUCUCAUCACCAUCAAGAAGCUUAAGGAGCAGGCAGGUAGCCCCUGCCAUCGAAAAGGUUCAGGCCAAGUUUGAACGCACGUGCUGUUCUCCCAAAUAUGGUUCUCCAAAAUUACAAAGAAAAAUCCUUCCAAAAACAGAUCAGCCAAAUAACCGGACUUUACCAGGCACGCCUCAGAAAGGAUUCAGUGAGUCUGCUUGGGCUAGGUCAACUACUACAAGGGAGAGCCCAGUUCAUACCACCAUCAAUGAUGGCCUCUCCAGUUUGUUCAAUAUUAUUGACCAUACCCCUGUUGUUCAAGAGACCCUCCAAAAAUGUGCCAGGUCUAGCAGCCGAUCUAGGUCAGCAGAACCCAGAUCAGAACUGGGGCCCAUGCAGGAAAUGUGUACAAGUGCCCGUGACCGGUCACCCAGUCCUCUCCAUUUGGGUGCAGAGAUGGAAAAGGAAGAAGAGUCUGAGGCAACAAGUGUCAGGCAGGAUUUAUCUGCUCCUCCGGGGUAUACACUUACAGAAAAUGCUGCCAGGAUCUUGAAUAAGAAACUUUUGGAGCAUGCCUUAAAGGAAGAGAAAAAGCUAGCUUCACGCAGCCCACCGAGUCUUAGCAAUGACAACAGCACAGGAGAAAUAGUCAAAGUAGAACCAGGGUCCAUUGAGAACCAAACUGUCUUACUAACUGCCCCCUGGGGACUCUAACCCUGCCUGCCUCACUGCUGAACUACCUUGUUCCGCACUAGCUCCGUCCCUAGAAUCCUGCUUCUCACGGCCAGAGAGACCAGCAAAUCGGCGCCCACCUUCAAGAUGGGCUUCACAUUCCCCUACUGCCUCACAAUCUCAGUCAACUGGA